GAGACUGGCGCGAUUGCUAGAAGUCUGUGAUCGCUGUUGGCCUUUUCUCGUCCAUCAUUCUUUUACUAUAUUCGCCUCUCUGAACUAGCUGCUUUUCUCCCUUCGCUAGUUUUAUACUCCUAGCAUUUACGUACCAGCAUAGACGAAAACAGUAAGUAGACUGAUUCUAUAUGCCAAAUUCGAUCGUUUUCCUGUACGGCUAGUUGCCCGUCAAAUCGACGGCCGUCUGCCUCAAUAAUGACGCCUCAGUAUAACGUUUUUGCCACUGUCAUACUGCUCAUCGCAUUGCUCAUCAAUGUUGCUAUGACGGCUACUCAUGGAAACUUGACCUUGCUCGACGAUGCGGCUCUUAACCAGCCAGGCGAGGUUUAUAACCCCGGCUUUGGACCGCGCUACUUCGUGAAUGGCAUACCGCCGGUCGCCGCGUUAUGGCCGCCGGUCAAAGCAAAGCGUCAAACGCCAAGACCGUGCCCAUCGGGCUACCACGGCUGCUUGGAGGUCGGUUCAUCAGGGGCAACGGAGUGCUGCCGUAAUGAUCAGUAUUGUUUCCUGGAUGACGCCUGGGAAGUGAAAUGCUGCGCCUUUGGAUCCAAGUGCAAUUCAACCUGUGCCGAGACCCUGCUAUACUGCAAUGAGACCCUCACCACCUCCACCACGAUUAAUACAUUAGGUAUGACAACGAUCAUUCAAGAGACGAGUCAGACAUCCGGAUGCUGCGGGCGACCCUGUGCUAGCAGUUGGUUCCUUUGCCAGCAGGCCUUCGGCGGGCAAUGCUGUCAAUAUGGAGCGAACUGCAUUUCCGGAGGUGGCUGCUCAUUCCCACCUACGUCGGCCCCGUCAACGCUCGUAACUCCCGUCCCGUCGGGAUGCACCACGUCGCAGAUAGCCUGUGAGACCGGUGGCGGGUGUUGCAAUAUCGGGAGCACUUGCACCUCUUCGGUCCUACCUACGACUACUCUACUACAGUGUGCCCCAAAUCUAACCGUGGUCGAUACCGGUGGGCUCACUGAAGGCGCUAGAGUUGGGAUUGGUGUCGGCGUCGCCGUGGGCGCUGCUAUCGUGAUUGGCGCCGUGACGUGGUUUUGGAUCACUCGGCGACGGAAGGCGAAGUCGGGGCGCGGAGGCGACACGUUGUCGGGUCCUGACGGCCAGAGGAUGGAAAACCUCAGAGAGCCAUUCAUGCCAUAUAACGGCGCCAAUUCGGAAAUUACGAGCCCGUCAAGCGGGAUGGGAAUGCGCCCCCUUCCACAUUCGACAGGACUCGCGUACGACUACUACGGCCCGGACGCUAUCCGUGGCCCGUAUACCGAUGGCAGCACGAUCGCGGCUACGGAGCCCCGGUCAACCCCCGGUCUUUCCGAUCGCGCAGCCAUAGUUGCAAACCGUUAUCCAGACAAUCCAGGGGAUAUCGUGCCGCCAGUCGAGAUUGAUAGCCGAGAGGGAGAGGCCCCGCGCGGGGAACUGGACUCGAGCGGGAUGGUUGCCGAGAAGGACGCCGCUUCUAAUGGCAAACCUAUUGAGGAACACCAAGGACCGUUUGAGUUACCGGGAAGUCCGGCCCCCUCACCGCCACCGAUGAAUGGGGAAGAAGCAGAGCAGCAGAGAACUCGCGCGUUUUCACCUUCACCUCCACCACCACCGGAAAUUAAUGGGCAGGAAGGAAAAGAAGUGAAGAAAUAGGUUCUUACAUGUUCUUUAUGGAGAUGGACUUGAUCGGGCAUUUUCAGGGAUAAUAGGACGGAGUUCUCGGCGACUGGAAAGCGUUCAGUCUGAACAAACGCCUCGCCUUGCUUUGCAUCCCUCUUUUCUCCCUUAACUCCCAACGCCUCUCGUAAGCAUCAUGCAUUUUCUCCCAACAUUAGCAUGGGUGACCGUUCACCCCUACGUCCUGACUCUCCCGAUCCAUUCCGACCUCUCUUCCUAGUAAAGAAGGAGCUGGGAGGAAGGGUCAGAGAGUAUCUUCCAACUUCAGAGCAGACUAGAC